CAUAGCAAUGACCAGAAGUGACCAGCUACUAUACCACUAGAUACCUUAGACCUCUUGCUCAGUGUCUAGCAAAGAGUUUUUUCCAAUAUGAUCAUAUGUUUGCUAGACUUGGAACUUCAAGGUCAAAAUAAAUAUAAAAAUCUUGCCUCUCCCUCCUUUUUGGAGUUUUGGCCAAUUUUCUCUACAUUGAGCCAAUCAGAUUCUAGGAGAUCCAAAUUCAAGGCUACAUUGCUUAUGUAGGUACAAACAGAAUAGUGGAAACACAGCUGGACAUGGAGGCAGGAAGAUCUGUAUAAAAAUUUCUUCUAUCUCAAAGUAUUGGCUCAUUUUUCCCAGGGGUUGAAUGACAUCACUCUUAAAUGGAAUCUACAGAGAACAGAUCUGAAGUGAAUGAGUUCAUCCUUAAAGGAAUAACAGAUAAUCCAGAGCUUCAGGUUCCUCUCUUCAUAAUGUUCACCUUCAUCUACCUCACCACUCUGGUGGGGAACCUGGGAAUGGUAGCUCUGAUCUCCUGGGAUUCCCACCUCCACACCCCCAUGUAUUUUUUUCUCAGUAACCUCUCUCUGGUAGAUUUUAGCUAUUCUUCAACUAUUACUCCCAAGGUAAUGGUUGGACUCCUCACGGGGAACAAAAUUAUUUCCUAUAAUGAAUGUGCAGCACAAUUGUUCUUCUUUGCAGCCUUUCUUGUUAUUGAAAGUUUCCUCCUAGCCACCAUGGCCUAUGAUCGCCAUGCAGCUGUGUGUAAGCCCCUACAUUACACCACCACCAUGACACCAACUCUAUGUGUAUCUCUGGUCUCUGGGUCUCACAUCUGUGGCUUUCUGACAUGCUCCAUAGUCACAGGAAAAAUAUUUAGCCUUUCCUUUUGUGGAUCAAACAUAGUCCAUCACUUUUUCUGUGAUAUCCCCCCUCUUCUAGUUCUGUCUUGCUCUGAUAUUCACAUCACUGAGUUAAUAAUCUUUAUCUUUGGGUCAUUCAAUGCCUUUUUCCCAUUUCUUGUCAUCUUUAUUUCUUACUUGCUAAUCUUCAUUAACAUCUUGAAGAUCCGUUCUGCAGAAGGCCGCCAGAAAGCCUUCUCCACCUGUGCUUCCCAUCUCACAGCAGUGAGCAUAUUUUAUGGGACAGUCAUUUUCAUGUAUUUCCGACCUAGUUCAAACCAUUCAAUGGACUCAGACAAAAUAGCGUCAAUUUUCUACACCAUGGUCAUCCCUAUGCUGAACCCUCUGGUUUACAGUCUUAGGAAUAAAGAUGUUAAAAAUGCUUUCAGAAAAGCUGUGAGAGGACAGCAACUUCAAUUAGAUCGUCUUUCUUCUUAAAGAGAAAAUGCAAUCAGUAUCUUCCAUACUUUGGGAUCCAGACAUGAAAAUGAAUAUUUUUUUUUUUAUGCACGGAGAA